CCGUCCCCGUCCGCUUCAGCCCAGCCUCCUGCCCGCCAGUCCCGGGCGACCCGACCACCCCGUCGGAGCACCGGGCGACCUGCAGCCCUGCUGUCCCGGGGCCCCUGGGGUCUGCGGACGGCUGCCGCGGACCUAUCCGGGUCCUCGGAGGGCAGCGGGCGACCUCUGCGCCAGUCGCCUUCGAUCCCGUCCCCUGGAGACUCGGGUGGGCAUGUGUAAAUAAAUGUCUUGUGGCUUUUGUUGCCAAUUCCUUUCCGGACCCGCUGUCUGCUUGUCUUGACUGCAGAGGACAGGACUUCCCUAAAGUUAGGCGAGGGGCUUGUGGGGACUCCUGUGCUGUUUUCUUUUGUUUUGGCGGAGAACUUGGAUCCUAUUUAUCAUUGAGCAGCCGGGCGGGCAGCCAGGUGGCCCUGGGGGUCCGGGGUUUCCGGCCGCACCGGGGCCUGCAGCGGGCUCCUGCAGGGUGUUUCAGCAACAGAAACCUGAGGAUGUGGCUCCCCUCGCAACUGAGAGCUGCACUCAAGUCUCCUCGGAGCUGCCAGCCUUGUUGGAAGGGAGCCGAGAGCAGUGUCUGCUCUGCGACUCUCUCCUGGCUGAAUAAAACAGCUCUUGAGUGUAAUGAGCAGGCUGGGAAGAGGGGUCAGGAGGGCUGGGUAGGCAGCAGGCGGGGCUCCGAAGGAGGUGGGGCUUUCACUCCAAGGGUCUGGGCCGGUGCACCCAGUCGAGUAGUCUCCCCUAGAGCAUUUUGCAAACCAGGCUAGCGGACUUGGGAGGCUCCUGAUGCAAAGAUGGAACUGCUGGUACGCGUGUGCCUGCCAGCCCCCGGGGCGCGGCAGCACCCAGGAUGGCCUCCUCAGGCAGCACGGGCGCCUGCCCGCACCAGGAGAGCACUCCAGCUUGUGGAGAGGGGCUCGGGGCCUCUCUUUCUCAGGCCACUUGUGACAUUUUGUCAGAGCAGUCUCUGAACAGGACACCGUUCUUGUAAGCGCCAGUGGGUGUUUUGAGGUGUGUUCUGCACUUGUUUGGUCCCUCAUUGGGAGAACCGUGAGGCUUGUCCUGGGACCAGCGUUUAGAAAGCCCCUCCUGGUCUUCGGAUUUUGUCCCCUUGGCAUCAGCAUUUACGCAGCCCUGGGCCACAGCAUUCCAGUCUUCUGGAGAACAAUCUGUGUCCUCUCUCCAUUUUCUAAAUAACCCUUUUCUUAAAAUGUGGUCUUUAGACAACACUGUACAGAAUUGUUGGGAAAGCGCCACCUCCCGUAAACCCCUCCCCCACCAGGGUUUUCCUGGCACAGUCUGCUCUCUCCCAGGUCUCGGGCGGCCCCAGAGCCUCUUCUGUAACUUCUUCCGUAAAAGACUUCCUCCCCAGCUCUCCCUGCUGGCUUAUUGUCUGGGCUGUUCUGUCUUGGUCUCUGACUUUUCCUCAGCGUCUUGUCUGGUAUCGUGAAGGCACAGGUGACAUAAAGGCUCCCCCUUGGCCCUAAAAACUGUGCUGGUCUGAUUAUGCCGUCCGCACAGUGACCGAACCAGCUUCUAGUGGGGAGAGGAGCCGUGUGCGGGCAGCACGGGACGAAGAGGAGACGUCAUGGGGGGCGGUCGGUCACGAGGCCCGUGGCGAGGCCUGCGGAAGAGCUCCCGAGAAUGCCCCAGGAGCCCCAGAGGGAGCUGGUGGUUCCUCCGGGCCCGGGGACAUCCUCGGGCCUAAGUCACCCCUGGAACCAGAAGCCACUUGGCUGUUAUCCUCUGAGGCCGUCGCCGGACAGCCUGGGCCCGCCGGGCAGGCUCAGCCCUCGCUCCCUCUGGCCUCCGGUCCUGCCGCCUCAGCGUCCUCACAGGCUGUCAGAAAAAUAAAAACGCUGACUCUCUAGGGUCAACACAGGGAGUGACAGACACUGAGUGCCCCGUGCACCACGGCCUCGGGGCAGCUGCUGUCGUUCUGCUCUGCUAUUAGAGACCUCGUUCCCAAGUGUCACGGCAAAGCCAGAGUUGGUGCUCAGGCGGUCAGGCCCCCCCUGCCCCAGCCUGGGCUCUUGCAGCAGUGACCCUAGAGGUCCUGGGGACCACUGAGCCUUUACAUCCCCCACCCCCGGCACCCAGACCAACAAGCAGGCUCUGGGCAGAGUCCCAGAGGCCCCAGGAGUCCCCGUCACCCCCUGCCUGGUGGCUGCGAGCACAGGCAGGCUUACCUGGAUUUGCAUGUGGGAACCAGGACGUGAGCCAUCGACACCAUCCGAAGAGGCUGCGGAAGUUGGGCUCUGCCACUCAGGACAGCUCCGGGUGCCUGUGGGCCCGGCCCGAUUGCCUUCUUGGGCCCCCGAGUCUGGGGUGGGAGAGCAGACCCCCCCAGCUGGCUCUGUCCACUGAGAAGCCCCUCGGGCACGUGCGGGCAGAACCUCCUUGGAAGAAGUGGGCACCGCCUGGCACCCCUCCGCAGUCAGUGUGGAGACCCGGCUGCCGGCUGGUCGUGCCUCCGGCCCUGUGGCACCAGGCGGGCAUGGUGGGGUUCUGGCGGGGGCCACGCGGGCCUUCUCACGCCCCCGAGCUUCCCUGCCUCCUGCUGCUGGCAGAGUGGUGCCUUCACCUCAGCCAGCCUCUCUUGUCAGAGACGGCACCCAGGGCCCUGCCUUCCGCUGCCGCCGUGGCGAUGGCGCGCCCCGGGUGCUCCUGUGGCCUUGCCUCCUGCGUGCGGCUCUCACAGCUGUGCCAGGCACGACCUCUGAGUGUACACGUCAGUGAGUGUCGGGCAGUCCGCCCGUCAACCUUCCGUCACUGCUGUCUCCCCAGGAGGAAACUUCCUCCCCAUGAGCCACCAGACCCCCCCGGCCCCCGCCCCAGAAACCACCAGUCUGCAUUCUGUCCACGGUGGGUCUGCUCUGGACUUUUCACGCAAACGGAAUCACACAACACGCGUCCCGAGCAUGGUGUUGCUGUGGCUCACCCCCCUGGCGGCAUCCGCCAUCUUUCACCUUCGCAUGUCCGUGUGUCCAUCGCCCACGGACCAUGUUGCCCCCACUGGGACAGGAGCAGGGCUCUCCUCCAGUGACCUGGCCAAGUGAGUGGCCUCCCUUGGCCAUUAGGCUGGGCACAUCCCCGGGGUGGCCAGAGACCGGUUCUGGGUGGGCGGGCACCUCUGUUACGGGCCUGCCAUGGGUGCCCGCACCGGCUGAGGUAAGGGACAGGUGGACCAGCGUCCCGGCGCUCUGGGGAAAGGGCUGCUGGGAAUUUCCUUGGCCUUGGGCCAGCCUGGGCCUUCUCACGUGCAGUGUGGGUGCAAACGCUGACAAGCCUGGGCAGGGGCUGCACCAGAUGCCCGCGGUUGGGAGGGCACCCAGCGCUGGGCAGCAGGAGGGACUCUGGAUCGCGCUUGGCUGCCUAUUCCCGGGAAGGAGGUGGGAGAAUGCUGCCUGCUUCGCCUCGCGGAGUGGAGUUGGGGGGGAGCCCUCACGCCCGGCGCCCCCCAGUCCCACCUGCGCCGUCACACAGGGGAGAGGUCAGCUGGCCUCGCCCGAUGCCCUGCAGCCUCCGAAGGGGCCGUGCCCCUCGCGGGUGUGGGCCUGGCCUGACCCAGGGGCCGCGUCCGCAUCUGCGGUUCCCACGGCGCUUCCUGCGAUCCAGCCCCCCCCCCACCCGGGUGUCUUCUAGCCCGGAGGCCCCACUGACUGCCUUUCCUCCUGCCUGAGUGACAGGCGGCGGGGGGGGGGGGGUGCAUAUCUGUGUCCCCUGGCUGUCCUCCUGAUGCGGCAUCUCCAGGACAGUGCCAAGAGCCCAAGGCUGCAAAGAGCCUCGGGUGCCUGAGUGCGUGCCUGGGGCCUGAGCCGCCUCUGUCACCGUGCCUCCGCUCAGGCUCCGUCCACGGCCAGUGAUAGCCCCGCUGCACAGCUUUGGCCCUGCCGAGUCCAGAGAGUCUCGGGCCUGUGGGGCCCUGUGGUUUCCUCUCCCAGCACUGUUUGUGGUCUUGCUCUUGAGAGCGUGUGGGUGGGACGUCCCUGGAGCACCUGAGGCACUGUCACCACAUGGCCGGGCCCGGUCUCCCCCCGCGGCUGCGGCACUGGCUGGGCACAGAGCACCAGCCGACGCUUCACCGGCAUCCUGGACACGGCAGCCCUGGAAACCCGCAGCGGGAGGGGACUGGGCUCGUCUUUUAGCCAGAGAGCAGCUGUCCCAUCAGUAGGAUUUAGGAGCAGAAAUGACCGUCUCCAGAAACGCGCCGCCGACGGGGAAGGACCGGGCCUGUGAGGUGCAGGCCCGCAGCAGCGCUCCAGCCCGUGCCCCCUGCCGCUGCAGGUUCUGCGGGGAGUGCCUCCAGCCGUGCCUGCAGGUGCCAUCGCCCCUGUGCCCGCUGUGCCGCCUGCCUUUCGACCCCAAGAAGGUGGACAAGGCCACCCAUGUGGAGAAGCAGCUCUCCUCCUACAAGGCGCCCUGCAGGGGCUGCAACAAGAAGGUGACGCUGGCCAAGAUGAGGGUGCACGUUUCCUCCUGCAUGAAGGUCCAGGAGCAAAUGGCCAACUGCCCCAAGUUCGUCCCUGUGGUGCCCACGUCCCAGCCCAUCCCCAGCGCCGUCCCCAACAGGUCCACCUUCACUUGCCCCUACUGUGGCGCCCGAAAUCUGGACCAGCAGGAGCUGCUGAGGCACUGUGUGGACAACCAUCGCAGUGACCCCAACCGCGUGGUCUGCCCCAUCUGCUCGGCCAUGCCCUGGGGGGACCCCAGCUACAAGAGCGCCAACUUUCUGCAGCACCUGCUGCACAGGCACAAAUUCUCCUACGACACCUUUGUGGACUACAGCAUCGACGAGGAAGCUGCCUUCCAGGCUGCCCUGGCCCUAUCCCUCUCCGAGAACUGAAGGCGCAGCCUAGCCGCUGGACCUGCACCCUCCCAGCGCAGGGCACAGGGCCGUGCGGGCUCCGUGAGGCCCAGCACCUGCGUGGGAGCGCACCUUUGGGACCAAGCGGGGCGUCUGUGGCCACGGGGGGGCAGCCCCGAGCCCACCGGCUGCGUCCUCACCGGUGGCUGGAUCUUCGGUGCUUCAGGCAGAGCAGGCCCCGGUAGGGGGCCGGCGCGACGGGCCUGGGGGCAGCCAGCUGUCUGUCUCAAAGCCAUGAGUCCCCCCCCCCCCCCCCCCCCCCCCCC